UUUCCAACAUUGUGACACACUGACAAUUGUCUCCAACAUUGGAUUUCUUCACCUCCUCCUCCUAGCUUAUUGAUCCAAUGAUAUUAAAAAACGGCUUAUCCUAUUCAUACAGUUGGACUGAUAAUUUCACACCCAGCCACGAACUGAAUUUUUCCUGCUGUUGUCUUGGUAGUAAGAUCUCAAUCUUCAAGAAGCUCUGCUUUUCUUUUUCUAAAGGGAGUUCCUAGAUUCCCAGGAAGCUUGCAAGAUUGUAAACAGGCUAGGCUACAAACCAUGGGCAAAUGGCAUGGCAGCAGUUACAAAAGAGAAAGGAGAGCAGGCAGCACCUGCUCCUCUUCUCCUCCACCACCAUGAGUUGGCUGACAGUGAGUGUGUUGUUGUGUGGCAUCUUGUAGUAGGGCUCCAUUGAUUUGAUCCCCCCAAACCUUUUGUCUCCUUUCCCCCAGUGAGUCACUACUACUCUCCUACUCCUCCUGGCUGCUACUCUUCACUUCCUUGCUGCUUCUUGCUUUGCUUGCUCCUCCUCGUUGCCUCCUGCGGUUCCUAGCGCACUGGUUGCUGGUACUCCCUGGCCUCCUCUCCCAUGUCUCCACAUAUCUCUCCGUCUUCUCGUGGCUGCCUGCAGGCUCUCUUGGCUUGAAUCCUUACCCGGGGAAGAAAUUUUCAUGUUGCUUUGCUGUUCUUCGUGCGGUUGCUUCUGUGGCAAUUUGGGGCCGAUUCUGGAGAAAUCUGUGUGAAAGACGGUUGCUUCCCUGCCGCGGUUUCGGGGCAAGGCUGGCCGGGAGCGUGUGGCCUCGCUUUGAUUGCACUGGAAGACGGCGGCUUCGUGAGGGAAGCUUGCUGCCGGAUCGAUCGCUCUGCCUCGGGCCCUUUGCUUUUUGGGCGGUUCUUGCUGCUGCUUUCGGCAGUAAAGGUUGGGGAUCUCGCGGUCACUUGCGGCGGCGUUGCUGGAUCGAGCAAAAAAAAAUUAUCUUCUGCGGCAGUCUGUAUAUCUGCUGGCAGGAGAGAGCUCUGCGCCGCCGCUUCCCUUGGCCGGCAUUGCGGGGGAGCUCAAGUGGAGGAGUGGGGGCAUCGCGCUGUGCUCUGAGCUGGGUUGCACGCAAGGUGUUCGCUGAAAAGUUCGGAGCAUGAGGGACUUCCCAUCGUGCUUCGGGGAGAGCGGCGUCCAGAUCGCGGACGCGGCGUCGUCCUCGUCGAGCGCCGGCAAGGGCGCGGCACAGAACCUGGUGACCUGCCUCUACCAGGCGCAGUUCUCGGGCAGGCCCUGCGUGAUCUCGGUCACAUGGAGCAAGAGCCUCAUGGGGCAGGGCCUCAGCAUCGGCGUGGACGGCUUGUCCGGCCAGUCCCUGUGCAAGGCAGAAAUUAAGCCAUGGCUCUUUUCCAAGAAGAAGGGGUCCAAGAGCCUCGACGUCGACAGCGGCAAGAUUGAGAUCUUCUGGGACCUCUCGGGCGCCAAGUUCAGCACAGGGCCAGAACCACUGGAGGGGUUCUAUGUCGCUGUGGUGUUCGACCUUGAGCUGGUGCUCUUGCUCGGUGACAUGAAAAAGGACGCCUACCGGAAGACCGGCAUGAAUCGACCCAUGUCGAACGCCGCUUUCGUAGCAAGGAGAGAGCACAUAUAUGGUAAGAAGAUUUACUCAGCGAAGGCGCAGUUCUGCGACAAUGGCCAGUUUCAUGAUGUUGUGAUAGAGUGCGAUGCUGUCAGCCUCAAGGAUCCAUGUCUUGAGAUACGUAUCGAUAAGAAACCGGUCAUGCAGGUGAAGAGGCUGGCAUGGAAGUUUAGGGGAAAUCAGACAAUUCUCGUCGAUGGAUUGCCUGUGGAGGUGUUCUGGGAUGUCCACAGUUGGCUCUUUGGAUCGUCGACAAGCAAUGCAGUGUUCAUGUUUCAGACAUCCCAAGCACCUGAGAAGUCGAUGCCGUGGUCAUACUCACAGAUUUUUAGGGAGUCUCAGCUACAAGGUCUUGGUUUCUCGCUGAUCCUAUAUGCAUGGAAGGUUGAGUAGGUGCUUGCAGGAUCAUAAUUUGUUUCUGCACUUGCCUCCUUUCUAGUGCUAACAAGAUGUUUCACUGAGUGUCUGUUCUUAGGAGUGCUAUGAAGACUCCAAUAUAUGUUUUUUCAUUUUCUUUUCCUUUUUGGUUUUGCCAUCCUUUUUAAACGUUGUGUUUGAACUAUCUGGCAAGAUUCUGUGAUAUUGCUGUGUGUUUCUGUCA